UCUCGGGUUGUGCGCGUCCCCGGCGGUACCAUGAUCCUCACCGCUGCUCUCCUCCGCGGCCGCAUUCCGGGCAGGCAGUGGAUCGGGAAGCACCGUCGGCCGCGGACCGUGUCUUUCCAAGUGAAGCAGAACAUGCUCCGCCGCCUGGAGGUGGAGGCGGAGAACCAGUACUGGCUGAGCAUGCCCUACAUGACGGCGGAGCAGGAGUUCGGCCACGCCGCGGAGCGCCGGGCCCAGGCUUUUGAGGCCAUCAAGGCAGCCGCCACUUCCAAGUUCCCCAAGCACAGAUACGUUGCAGACCAGCUAGACCAUCUCAAUAUCUCGAAGAAAUGGUCUUAACCCGCACCGCUCACCCUACAAGGUUAUAGAUACCAGACUGUGCUGGCCUUAUACUUGGUCCUGGAGCUGAAAAAAAAAAAUGUAUCUAUGUAACAAUGUGGCCCCUUCGACCAGUAUCUUAUUAAAUCAGACGUGAUUAAUAGUUGUUUCAUAAGGAAUAUUUGGGACUCUACCUAGGCAUUUGACUCAUGCCUGUAAUCCCAGCCGUCGAGAGGUGGAGGCAGACAAAUUUU